GGGUGCCUUCGGUUUCAGUGUGUAUUGGGGAGCAUUCCCUCCUCCUCCAUCAGCGUGGAAUCACGGUUGCCUUUGCAGAAAUAUUAUUCUAUGGAAUUAUGUAUUUUUGGAGUUUGAAGGAAGGAAGCCCGCGGCCCCAGAGGUGACGUCAAGGUUCAGGGUGCAAAUCUGCAUUCCCACCAAAAGACCCACACAGGCGAGAUGCCACAUCAGUUCAUGGAAUGUGGAAAGAACUUCAGUCAGAGCGGAGACCUGUGUUCCAAUCAAAGGACCCACACAGGGGAGAAGCCACAUCAAUGCAUAGAAUGUGGAAAGAGCUUCAGUCGGAGUGGAAAUCUGCGUCACCAUCAAAGAACCCACACAGGGGAGAAGCCAUAUACAUGCAUGGAAUGUGGAAAGAGCUUCAGUCUGAGUGGAAAUUUGCAUCAACAUCAAAGGACCCACACAGGGGAGAAGCCAUGCACAUGCAUUGAAUGUGGAAAGAGCUUCAGCCGGAGUGGAAAUCUGUGGUGCCAUCAAAGGACCCACACAGGGGAGAAGCCACAUGAAUGCCUGGAAUGUGGAAAGCGCUUCAGUCAGAGUGGAGAGCUCCAUUCCCACCAAAGGACCCACACAGGCGAGAAGCCACAUCAGUGCAUGGAAUGUGGAAAGAACUUCAGUCAGAGUGGAAAACUGCAUUGCCAUGAAAGUACCCAUACAGGGGAGAAGCCACAUCAAUGCAUGGAAUGUGGAAAGAGCUUCAGUCAGAGUGGAAAUCUGCGUUCCCAUCAAAGGGCCCACACAGGGGAGACACCAUAUCAGUGCAUCGAAUGUGGAAAGAGUUUCAGUUGGAGUGGAGACCUGCAUUCCCAUCAAAGGAUCCACACAGGGGAGAAACCACAUAAAUGCAUAGAAUGUGGAAAGAGCUUCAUUCAGAGUGGACAUCUGCGUCACCAUCAAAGGACCCACACAGGGGAGAAGCCACAUCAAUGCAUAGAAUGUGGAAAGAGCUUCAGUCGGAUUGGAAAUCUGCGUCGCCAUCAAAGGACCCACACAGGGGAGAAGCCAUAUACAUGCAUGGAAUGUGGAAAGAGCUUCAGUCAGAGUGGACAUCUGCGUCACCAUCAAAGGACCCACACAGGGGAGAAGCCAUAUACAUGCAUGGAAUGUGGCAAGAGCUUCGGUUGGAGUGGAAAUUUGUGUUCCCAUCAAAGGACGCACACAGGGGAGAAGCCACAUCAAUGCCUGGAAUGUGGAAAGAGCUUCAGUCAGAGUGGAGAGCUCCGUUCUCACCAAAGGACCCAUACAGGAGAGAAGCCGUAUACAUGCAUGGAAUGUGGAAAGAGCUUCAGCCUGAGUGGAAAUCUGCGUCACCAUCAAAGGACCCACACAGGGGAAAAGUCACACCUAUGCAUUGAAUGGGGCAAGAGCUUCCAUCAGAGUGCAAAUAUGUGUCAUCAUCAAUGGACCUACACAGGGCAGAAGCCACAUCAAUUCAUUUAAAGUGGAAACAGCUUCAGAGUGAAGAGCUCUGUUCCUGCCAACUGACCCACACAGGAAAGAAGCCACAUCUAUGCAUGGAAUGUGGAAAAAGCAGUCAGAGAGGAAGUCUGCAUUCCCAUCAAAGGACCCACACAGGGGAGAAGCCAUAAACAUGCAUAGCAUAUGGAAAGAGCUACAGUUGGAGUGGAGAAUUGUGUUCCCCUCAAAGGACACCCACAGGGGAGAAGCCACAUAAAAGCAUUGAAUGUGGAAAGAGUUUCACUGAAAGUGGGGCUCUGCUUUCCCAUCAAAGGACCCACACAUGGCUAGAGGAAGAGACCUCCUUUUGUGUUUCCUAGUUCUGUUUAAAAAACCUGCCAGACAACGUUCUCGCCCCUCCACAGCCAGGCAAAGAAUGAGAGAAUGGAAGCAAAGAGGAAGGCCACCACCUUGUUCUCGGUUGGUCACAGAUAACAGUUUGUGUGGCCUGACUUGACUGCUGCUGGAGGCAGUUCCCCACAGAGGAGGACCCUUCUCAGUAUUGCCGCCAUUUGUGAAGGGGUUAACCUGACCUCAAGGAAAGCAUCACAGACUUCUGGGAUGAUCUGUGAAGGCUUGCUGAAAUGAGAGCAGCUGAAAUCUUAUGAUAAAAAGGUUUCUGGAAAAGACUCGCUCUUUGGGAGCAGUUAACAGCAUGUUGGAAAUGAGAACCUUCUUCGAGCUUUAUCUUAUAGUUUGGUUAUUUAUGAUCCUGUUGCUUAUUGUUUUGUGUGUAAGUUCUGGUAUGAAACUUCCUUUACUCUAUGGUUCCUGAGAAGUUGUGGGAGGGGCUACAGACCACAUAGUUUGCUUAAACCACAUACUUGCACACACUUGCUUGCCGUUCUUGUUGUAAGAGAGAUGUCCUGGCCUGAUGGCACAGAGAAUUAUUUCAAACAUAUCUGAAACGGGACUGAUACGUUUUGUACCUGUGUAUUCUGAACACAUGAGCCCUACUUCAUUCCUCGGACACCCCC